ACCCACAUUCUCGUGUGACGUAAUCCUGUCCGUUUCACUAUGGCAGGCAGGCCCUUAUCUAGAGGUCUCUGUAAAUAAAGGUAUAAUUACGGUGUAUUCAGAGCUAACAGUCGUGUGUGUGUUUAUAUAGUGAUCGAUGAGUGUUAAGUGUUUCAGAGAUCCUCUCAUGGAAGUGUCGGGAGAGACGCCGCUCGGGUAAUCUGACAUCGGAUACUUGAGGAAAAGCAACUUUGAGCUAUGAACCGCCAGUGAACGUCAGUUGUGUUACUUUAUAAGCGCAUGUGCACCAGAGCGAUGGAGAGUGACUGUAGGAUCCCCAUGGCGUGUCUGAGACCCCGGAUUCUGGCCCUGCAUGCUUUAUUCUGGGGCUUAGUGUCUCUCAGAGUGUUUGGAGCAGCUCUUCUUAGCGAUGAGAAGGCAACAGUUGCAGUGACAAAGGCAGUGUCAGCACCAUGUUGGCAGUUGGAGGAGUUUGUUGUGGCUAAAGAGUGCAGUGCAUGUGAAGGUUUCCAUUCAAAAUCAAUACCAGCCUGCAGCCAAACAGGAUUUGUAGAAACGAUCAACUGCACUAAGUCUAACAGAGAAGAAUACAAGAGCUGUCGUUCAACCAAAAUGGAGGAGCAUCUCUUUUGGAAAUUUGAGGGCACAGUGCUGGCUCUCACUGUUGUGUUUGCAAUAGUGGUGGUGGCGAGGCAACGCUCACUUGACCGCAAAGCCUCAGACAAGGUUCGGAGACAGAUAGAAUCUAUUUAGUUGACCGGACUGUACUUAAAGUUAAGGGUGUUAUAAACUCUCAGCAAAGAACCCAAAAUUUCAUGGAGGCUUCCAGACUUUAUCACUGGUUUAUUCUUACUGGACGCACAAAGACAAAGCUCUGAACGGACAACUGACAUUACCGGUGGAUGCUGCUUCUGCGCAGGACUUAACUUAAGUGGACUAGAUGUGAAUCUCAAGAACAUCCAUUCAAAUCAACAAACAGUAUGCAAGACAGGAGUAACACAGUCCCUAUUUUGUAACAGAAGAUGUACAGCUCUGCAUAUACCUGUUCUUUCAAAUGCUGUGAAGGUGGUGUGUGUAGACAGAAUAUGGGGUGUGUGGUGCAUGUUUUAAAUACUCCUAAAGCACAUCAAGUAUUUUGUUAAACUGAGAAUGAACUGUAUGGUGAAAGUCCUGCAAGAAGACAUAAUUUUGUGUUUCAUCACUAAGGGUUUAAUGUUAGACAGGGUGAGUUUCAGUGAAUAUCAAAGUUUUGUUUUUUGUUAAUUUUGGAAAGUACUACACUUGCUGACUUUCUCCAAACUGACACUCAUCCAUCCAUUCAUUAACAUUGACAUGUUUCUUCCAGAAACCUAAAGUAGUUUAAUGAAUCUAAAUUAAUCAAAUAUGUGCAGUUGUCAUUUGUUAAAUCCUUGUUUUCGGUAUAUACUUUUAUAGAGACUUAUAGGUGCCCUUUAUUAAAGUUUUAAUUUUUUUCGGUCAUUGUGUUUUACUUUCUAGUCUUUGCCCUCUUGUGUGAAAAUAGAUAUUUUAUAUAAAAUUAUGUGAACAAAUGUCUUGGUUCGUAAUGCCAGUUUCAAAAAUACCAGCUCUGUACUCCCAUCUGAUUGAUAUAUGCAAGACUGCGUUAUAGUGUAUUUUGAAGCUACAUGACUUGGGAUGAAAAUAAGAUCUAUUCAAAUGAACCCUAUUGUUUUUCUUUUUCUUUUAAAAGCUCUUCACGGCAAAAUAACAUUGUCUGCUUCUCGUUACUGCAAUGAACUUAUGAUUUUGUGCCAUCCUGGUUUUGGGUAUAGAACUUUUCCCCAUUUAUUAAUAAUUAUGAUUGGUUUGACAGAGUAAUGUCUUUUUAUUAAGGCUGAUUGGUGUUUUUUAAACUCCACAAUUUAAGAAGGAAACCAUGUGAAUUUCAUCAGUAAAUUUUAAUGAGCUAACUAAAAUGUGAAGGGUAUUUUCAUGAAAGAUGUGUGACGUUUCCUGUCUUUGAUACGGAACGGAGGAAUAAAUGGGAAUAAGGAA